CCGGUACAAGAACCGACAAUCUCGUCGCCUGGGCACUUUGCGAUCCUCGUCGCUUCAAAUUUUCCAUCAUUCUAGUGUCCUCUUUCAUUGACGUUCCUCUACCAGAAUGCGCGGCUUCAACAUUUUCGCCUCCUCGGCGGUACCACUACUGGUAGCAGCACAGUGCCCAGAUUAUUCCGACUAUUCGAAGGAAGUUCACGAGCCUCUCAGCUCUGGGAAGAAUCAGCUCGCAUACCAGCGCCCGUCUCCAGAAUGCCGAACUUUCACAUCGCAAGGCGUCGAGGACUUGAUCACUCGCAUGGAAGGCGUGAUUAAAGACCCGGAUCUCUACCGCCUCUUUCAAAACGCAUAUCCGAACACGCUCGACACGGCGAUAAAAUGGAAAGGAUAUGCAGCAGACAACGCAGAAGAGGAGCUCACAUUCGUCAUCACGGGAGACAUCAACGCGAUGUGGUUGCGCGACUCUGCGAAUCAGAUGCAGAGCUACCUCCCUCUGCUGAACGCGAGCAGUGAUUCGAAUUCGCUUGCGAGCCUCUACAGAGGAGUAAUAAACCUCCAAGCACGGUACUUACUUACGUCGCCUUAUUGCAACUCUUUCCAACCUCCGUUUGAGAGUGGCAUCGACCUCGGGAACAACACGAGCGCAAGCCAGGACACAGUGAAGCCGCCAUACUCAGACAUAUCUGUUUUCGAAUGCAAGUAUGAGCUUGAUUCGCUUGCAGCUUUCCUGGAGGUCUCCGCCAACUACUACAAUGCGACCGGCGAUUUAGACUUCUUUGGCAAAUUCAGAUGGAUCGACGCGGUUGAGGCGAUCCUUCAAGUGGCGAACGACAUGAUGACGCCGACGUAUGCGGACAAUGGCGCAGUCUUGGAUAGCCCCUACAUGUUCACGCGUCUGACCACUCGGUCGACGGAGACUCUCGCAAAUGACGGCCUGGGAAACCCAGUCGCGGGCGGCACAGGGCUCAUCAGGAGUGCCUUCCGUCCCAGCGACGACUCAACCAUCUACCAGCUCUACAUUCCAGCCAACAUGAUGUUCAGCGCCUAUCUUUCCUCAACUGCAGACAUAAUGAGCAAGCUCAGCAACGGCAAGGCCGCCUCGCUCGCCCAGAAAAUGUCCGACCUCUCCUCGUCCCUUCGCGACGCCAUCGAAACCCAUGGGACGGUAAACCACCCCAAGUACGGCAAGGUCUACGCUUUUGAAAUCGAUGGCUUCGGCUCAACCACCAUCAUGGACGACGCAAACAUCCCCGGCCUCCUCUCCGCUCCCUUCUUCACCUACCCCGUCGACGAAGGAACCUACCAAAACACCCGCGACCUCAUCCUCAGCGCCUCCAAUCCCUACUUCAUGCGCGGUCCCGUGAUCAGCGCGGUUGGCGGGCCACACCAGGGACCGGGGAUGGCGUGGCCAAUGGCGUCCAUCGUGCGCAUUCUAACGAGCGAUAACGAUGGCGAGAUCAGGGACGAGUUGGACCAGAUUCUAACGAGCACAGACGGGCUGGGAUUGAUCCAUGAGAGUAUUAAUAGCUUCAAUGAGAGCGAUUGGACGAGGCAGUGGUUUAGUUGGGCGAAUGGCCUGUUUGGGCAGAUGAUUUUGGACUUGGAGGAGAGGAAGCCAGAGAUUUUGGCGAUGAGCUUUCAGUGAGGUGGGGAAGAUGAUGGGGCAUACAUGCAAGGGCGAGAUGAUGAGGUGGUGUUAAUAUUCUACGGA